CUCUCUCAGACACACACCCCUCCCCUGCCAUCCCGCCCCGGACUCUGGCUCCGGCUCCGGUUGCAGUUUGCAACCUCGUCUGCCGCGCCUACCAAUUCGCCGGGGGCUCAGGUGGCUCCGCUUGGAUGUCUUAGUCCAAGGUCCCCCCCGGGCCGAAUACGGCUGGGCUCCGCUCACCCUCCGCUGGAGUUAUGAGGGCGAACGGGGCUCUACAGGUGCUGGGCUUCCUUCUCAGCCUGGCCCGGGGCUCCGAGGUGGGCAACUCGCAGGCAGUAUGUCCUGGGACUCUGAAUGGGCUGAGUGUGACUGGCGAUGCCGAGAACCAAUACCAGACACUGUACAAGCUCUACGAGAGGUGUGAGGUGGUGAUGGGGAACCUCGAGAUUGUGCUCACAGGACACAAUGCUGACCUCUCUUUCCUGCAGUGGAUCCGAGAAGUGACCGGCUAUGUCCUUGUGGCCAUGAAUGAGUUCUCUGUACUGCCUCUGCCCAACCUCCGAGUGGUACGGGGGACCCAGGUCUACGAUGGGAAGUUUGCCAUCUUUGUCAUGUUGAACUAUAACACCAACUCCAGCCAUGCUCUCCGCCAGCUCCGCUUUACACAACUCACUGAGAUUCUGUCCGGGGGUGUUUAUAUUGAGAAGAAUGAUAAACUUUGUCACAUGGACACAAUUGACUGGAGGGACAUCGUGAGGGACCGAGAUGCCGCGAUAGUGGUGAAGGACAAUGGCAGGAACUGUCCCCUCUGUCAUGAGGUCUGCAAGGGGCGAUGCUGGGGUCCUGGGCCAGAAGACUGCCAGACAUUGACCAAGACCAUCUGUGCUCCUCAGUGUAAUGGUCAUUGCUUUGGGCCCAACCCCAACCAGUGCUGCCAUGAUGAGUGUGCAGGGGGCUGCUCAGGCCCUCAGGACACAGACUGCUUUGCCUGCCGACUCUUCAAUGACAGUGGAGCCUGUGUACGCCAGUGUCCACAGCCUCUUGUCUACAACAAGCUAACUUUCCAGCUGGAACCCAAUCCUCAUACCAAGUAUCAGUAUGGAGGAGUUUGUGUAGCAAGCUGUCCCCAUAACUUUGUGGUGGAUCAAACGUCUUGUGUCAGGGCCUGUCCUCCUGACAAGAUGGAAGUAGAUAAAAAUGGGCUCAAGAUAUGUGAACCUUGUGGGGGGCUGUGCCCCAAAGCCUGUGAAGGGACGGGCUCUGGGAGCCGCUUUCAGACUGUGGACUCUAGCAACAUUGAUGGAUUUGUGAACUGCACCAAGAUUCUGGGCAACCUGGACUUUCUCAUCACUGGCCUCAAUGGAGACCCCUGGCACAAGAUCCCUGCCCUGGACCCUGAGAAGCUCAAUGUCUUCCGGACAGUACGGGAGAUUACAGGUUACCUGAACAUCCAGUCCUGGCCUCCCCACAUGCAUAACUUCAGUGUCUUUUCCAACCUGACAACCAUCGGGGGCAGAAGCCUCUACAACCGGGGAUUCUCAUUGUUGAUUAUGAAGAACUUAAAUAUAACAUCUCUGGGCCUCCGAUCCUUAAAAGAAAUUAGUGCUGGGCGUAUCUACAUAAGUGCCAAUCGGCAGCUCUGCUACCACCAUUCUCUGAACUGGACCAGGCUGCUUCGAGGGCCUUCAGAAGAGAGACUAGACAUCAAGCAUAAUCGACCCCGCAGAGACUGCGUGGCAGAGGGCAAAGUGUGUGACCCACUGUGCUCCUCCGGGGGAUGCUGGGGCCCAGGCCCUGCUCAGUGCCUAUCCUGUCGAAACUACAGCCGAGGAGGUGUCUGCGUGACCCACUGCAACUUUCUGAAUGGGGAGCCUCGCGAGUUUGCCCAUAAUGAUGAAUGCUUCUCCUGCCACCCGGAAUGCCAACCCAUGGAGGGCACUGCCACAUGCAAUGGCUCGGGCUCUGAUGCUUGUGCCCAGUGUGCCCAUUUUCGAGAUGGGCCCCACUGUGUGAGCAGCUGCCCCUAUGGAGUUUUGGGUGCCAAGGGCCCCAUCUACAAGUUUCCAGAUGCUCAGAAUGAAUGUCGGCCCUGUCAUGAGAACUGUACCCAGGGGUGUAAAGGACCAGACCUGCAAGACUGUUUAGGCCAGACACGGGCAUUGAUCAGCAAAACCCAUCUGGCAAUGGCUUUAGCAGUGGUAGUAGGAUUGGUAGUGAUUUUCGUGAUCCUGGGCAGCAGUAUUCUUUAUUGGCGUGGGCGCCGGAUUCAGAAUAAGAGGGCUAUGAGGCGCUACUUGGAACGGGGUGAGAGCAUAGAGCCUCUGGAUCCCAGUGAGAAGGCUAACAAAGUCUUGGCCAGAAUCUUCAAGGAGACAGAGCUGAGGAAGCUUAAAGUGCUUGGUGCAGGCGUCUUUGGAACUGUGCACAAAGGAGUGUGGAUUCCUGAGGGUGAAUCAAUAAAGAUUCCCGUCUGCAUUAAAGUCAUUGAGGACAAGAGUGGACGGCAAAGUUUUCAAGCUGUGACGGAUCAUAUGCUGGCCAUUGGCAGCCUAGACCAUGCCCACAUUGUACGGCUGCUAGGACUGUGCCCAGGGUCAUCUCUGCAGCUCGUCACUCAAUACUUGCCUCUGGGUUCCUUGCUGGAUCAUGUGAGACAACACCGGGGGGCACUGGGGCCACAGUUGCUGCUGAAUUGGGGAGUACAAAUUGCCAAGGGUAUGUACUACCUUGAGGAGCAUGGUAUGGUGCAUAGGAACCUAGCUGCCCGAAAUGUGCUACUUAAGUCACCCAGUCAGGUUCAGGUGGCAGAUUUUGGGGUGGCUGACCUGCUGCCCCCUGAUGAUAAACAGCUACUACACAGUGAGGCCAAGACUCCAAUUAAGUGGAUGGCCCUCGAGAGUAUCCACUUUGGGAAAUACACACACCAGAGUGACGUCUGGAGCUAUGGUGUGACUGUCUGGGAGCUGAUGACCUUUGGGGCAGAGCCCUAUGCAGGGCUGCGAUUGGCUGAAGUACCAGAUCUGCUAGAGAAGGGGGAGCGGUUGGCACAGCCCCAGAUCUGUACCAUUGAUGUCUACAUGGUCAUGGUCAAGUGUUGGAUGAUUGACGAGAACAUUCGCCCGACCUUUAAAGAACUAGCCAAUGAGUUUACCAGGAUGGCCCGAGACCCACCACGGUAUCUAGUCAUAAAGAGAGAGAGUGGGCCUGGAAUUCCCCCUGGGGCAGAGCCCCCUGCUCUGACAAACAAGGAACUGGAGGAAGUAGAGCUAGAGCCUGAACUAGACCUGGACCUGGACUUGGAGGCAGAGGAGGACAACUUGGUGACAACACUAGGCUCUGCCCUCAGUCUGCCACUUGGAACACUUAAUCGGCCACGUGGGAGCCAGAGCUUUUUAAGUCCAUCAUCUGGAUAUAUGCCUAUGAACCAGAAUAAUCUUGGGGAGGCUUGCCAGGAGUCUGCAGUUUGCGGAGGCAGUGAACUAUGCCCCCGUCCAGCCUCUCUGCACCCAUUGCCACGGGGACGCCUGGUAUCAGAGUCAUCGGAGGGCCAUGUGACAGGCUCUGAGGCUGAGCUCCAGGAAAAAGUGUCACUGUGUAGAAGCCGGAGCCGGAGCCCACGGCCACGUGGAGACAGUGCCUACCAUUCACAGCGCCACAGCUUGCUUACUCCUGUCACUCCAGUCUCCUCACCAGGGUUAGAGGAAGAGGAUGUUAAUGGUUAUGUCAUGCCAGAUGCACAUCUCAAAGGUACUCCCUCCUCCCGGGAAGGCACUCUUUCUUCUGUGGGUCUCAAUUCUGUCCUGGGUACCGAAGAAGACGACGAAGAUGAGGAGUAUGAAUACAUGAACCGGAGGAGAAGGCACACUCCACCUCGUCCCCCUAGACCCGGUUCCCUCGAGGAGCUGGGUUAUGAGUACAUGGAUGUGGGAUCAGACCUCAGUGCUUCCCUGGGCAGCACACAGAGUUGCCCACUCCACCCUGUGCCCAUCAUGCCCACUGCUGGCACAACUCCAGACGAGGACUAUGAAUAUAUGAAUAAGCGACGUGGUGGUGGAGGUCCUGGGGGAGAUUAUGCAGCCAUGGGGGCCUGCCCAGCAGCUGAGCAAGGGUAUGAAGAAAUGAGAGCUUUCCAAGGGCCUGGACACCAUGCCCCCCAUGUCCAUUAUGCCCGCCUCAAAACUCUACGUAGUUUAGAAGCCACUGACUCUGCCUUUGAUAACCCCGAUUACUGGCACAGCAGGCUUUUCCCCAAGGCUAAUGCCCAGAGAACAUAACCCCUGCUCCUUGAGGUACUCAGGGAGUGGUUGAUGGCAGCUAGUGCCUCUAGAGGGUACCUCUCUUCUCCCUAGUCCCUCUCUCUCAAAGGUCUCAGCCCCAUUUUCCGCUUAGUUCUAGACAAUUCCAUUCAACCUUUGGAGGCUUUUAAACACUCUAACACAAAAUUCUUGUGGUAUAUAGCCAGCAGUGCACUUUCUUCUCUUUCCCAAUCCCUGGAAAGUAGAAGGUUUUCCCUAUUUUGUGUGCUCUCUCAAUCCCAUUCCUCUGCUUUCUCAGGGGAAUUCCCUGGAGAUAUGAAGGAUUACUCCUUUAUCAUAUCCCUUUCUCUCAGACUCUAACUUGUUGAGAUUAGGCUUUAAAGUGUGCCUUUGUUUCCUAUUAGACUCCUAAGGAAAAGAAAAGGGGCAAAACCUGGCAGGGGAAAGUAAAAUUUUGGCUUAUGACUCUUAAUCCCCUGGAAAGAAUGGGAAGCUUAAAAUCUUGUGAAGAGGUUAGGAGUAGAUGUUAAUGAUUACUAUUAAUUGAGCAAUUUACUUUGUGCCAGGCAUCCUGCUAAACCUUACCAACAUCAUCUCACUAAUCCUUAUACCAAUUCUGUGAGCGAGGUAUUAAUCCAUUUUACAAAGAAACUGAGCCUUAAAGACAUUAAGUACAUUAAGUGGCAAGUCCAGGAUUCAAAAUCUUCCAAUACAUGUGCUCUUACUGUAAGGUUAUCAGGGAAAACUGAUACGUCAGAGCCCUUGUUAAGGGGCAUUGGUCUUGUUUUUGCACUGAAUCAAGUCUAACCCCAACGACCACAGCCUCCUACACCCAGACUUCUCAUCUCAGGAAGUGGAGGGGAGGGGUGGUCAGAAGGAAAAAUAACCCAACAUCUUUGUGUAAACCAUAAUCUACAUGUGUUGUAAAUGAUCUCUACUUCUUUCCCAAAGGACAGUUUUACGAGGGUCUCAAGAGCCACUUUUAGGAGCUGUUCUCAUCUAGUAAUGAGAAGCUUCCAGCUGAGAUAGAAAGAGGGACCCAUCUUCAGACCUCUGUCCCAUUGGGGUAUCUUUUCUAUCACUGAAGUUUUUUGUUUUGUUUUUAUACGUGACUGAAUAAAAAUGCCAAAGUUUUUCAGCUUUUUGUCUGUCAAAUGAAAACCUUAAGUGUGUGAGAUAGACCGCCCCUUUUCUGUGCUAUUCAGCAGAGGAUAGUCACUUUUCCUCUCUCCUACUUUGUCUUUGAACAGUCCUACUCUGUCCCAUACAGCUUUCUCAAGCCCUACUUUGUAUUCCCUAAGAGAUUCAUAGCGCAGUCCCUUUCAUUAGUUCUCUACAAGGCGACCAACAAAGUUUGGGGAAGUUAGAAAAAGACCUAUAGAUGUGCUCCCUCAAGAGGUGGAAUACUGAAACUCCCAUGUGUUUGAGAACUCAUUCUCUUUAAAAACGUCUCCGUGAACACUUGGCUUAGGUGCUAUCAAAGCCUGUUGGAACAGUAGUGCCAUCUUCAGUGGGAGGCCGGCCUCUAGGUUGGGAGGCUGUAAAAUAAAUGCAUAAUCCCUUAAGAGUUUGCCGGCCCAGUUAGUCCCUGCUCCUUAGUCUUCCACACCCGUUCUGCCCCUCCCGGUUCUCCCAGCAUCGGAGGACGAUUGGACCGGCUGAGCCGGUCCCGCCAGCCG